AUGCCUCUACGCGCAAAGGUGACCAACCCUGCCUUCAUGGCAACAGCUUCGAUGUCGACAAAUAUCCCCAAAGAACUUCCCACCGAUGAACCCGAUGAUGUUCUAUUCAACUCGAUUUACGGUAUCCGCAGCGUCGAGCUCAACCGCCCCAAGAAGCUCAAUUCCUUGAACGGCUCUAUGGCACGGAAGAUCUUCCCUCGACUUAAGGAAUGGGAGAAGUCCAACCUCGCAAACAUGAUCCUCAUCUCCGGAGCUGGCGAGAAGGCUCUUUGUGCAGGCGGCGAUGUUGCCGCUUUGGCUCAACAGAACGCAGAGGGACCUGAGGGACAACAAGCGUCGACAAGCUUCUUUGGACUGGAAUACUCCCUCGAUCAUCUGAUUGCCACAUACUCGAAACCCGUUAUCUCUUUCAUGGAUGGAAUUACCAUGGGUGGUGGUGUCGGCCUUAGCAUGCACGCUCCUUUCCGUAUUGCGACUGAGCGCACUGUCUUUGCCAUGCCAGAGACAACCAUCGGCUUCUUCCCUGAUGUUGGUGGCUCGUUCUUUUUGCCCCGCCUUGAUGGCGAGACCGGAACCUACCUUGCUCUGACCUCGGAGCGCCUGAAGGGUGUGCAGGCUCUGUACGCCGGCAUUGCUACCCACUACCUGCACUCCAGCGUUCUGGCCAAUGUCACCCAGCGUCUCUCUGAGUUGACCUUCGCUGAUCACGUCGAGCUCCCCGAACGCCUCCAUACCGUAAACAAGACCAUGGCAGAGUUCUCACUUGGGCUUCCCUCUCUUGAGGAGGAGCCCAUGCUUCUGGCUGGUAACCUGCGUGCUGCCAUUGACCGCUGCUUCGCAUUCAACACCGUCGAGGAGAUUUUCCAGGCUCUAGAGCAGGAGACUCAGCACAAGGAGUGGGCACAGAAGACACUGCAGACCCUUUCAAGCCGCUCUCCUACUUCUCUGAAGGUCACCCUUCGCCAGCUGCGCCUGGGUAAGGAUUGGACCAUCGCAGAGACUUUCCAGCGUGAACACGCGAUCUCUGGUCACUUCAUGCGUCACCCCGACUUCGUUGAGGGUGUCAACGCCCGUCUUGUAUCGAAGCCUCCCCGCCAGGCUGAAUGGCAGCCUGCGACUCUUCAGGAAGUCUCCGACGAGGCCGUGGAGGAGUUCUUCAAGAUCCCCGAGGGCGAGGAGCGCCUGUCCCUCUUCAGCGAAGUCGAUUACAAGAAAUACCCUCACGCCCACUUCGCGCUUCCUUCCGAGAACGAGAUUGAGGAAGUUGUGCGUCAAGGACACGGAUCACGGAGACCCGUGGUGGAGUACUUCCUUGAGAAGUACGCUCACCGUGAGGGUGUCCGCCGAAAGGUUGUCGAGGUGAUUACCCGGAAGACGUCGAAGACCGCCGAGGGAGGAUUCAAGUGGAACUAA